UGAGCCCAAUUUAAUAAUAGAAAUAAGUUUUGAAGUAAAAUGGAUAGAACAAGAGAGGAAGAUCCCCAACAAGAUGUUGUCAAUUUUCAGAUUGAAUAUCUGACGCAAUUUGGACAAAGUGUGAUGAUCAUGGGGGAUAUUGGGGAGCUAGGCCACUGGAAACACCUUCUUUGAGAGAUGGAAUGGCAUGAAGGCAAUAUUUGGAAGGCUACAGUGGACGUCUCUUCAAGAGUUUUCUGUUAUAAAUAUGUUGUCGUUGACCAAUCCGAUACUAUAAUCAGGUGGGAAGAAGGAUAUAAUAGGAUCUGUGAUUUGGAUAUUGCUGACAAACAAGGAUUAUGUCAAGAUGGGGAAUAUCAAUUCGAAGAUAAAUGGGGAAGAUUUGAGAUGGUUUUCAAGCUCAUUCAUCCUUUGAGUGAUGAUAUGAACAGAAUCUUAAGAGUUUCAGAGCCUAAUGCCACUUCUUAUCAGUGGAAUGAAAUGAAAAAGCCAGUCGAGAUGCAUUGUACAGGAAAGGAAAGGCUUUUUGCUGGCUCUGAUAAGAUAAAGGCUUAUCAAGGAUAUUCCCUGAUCAAACAAAAGAGAAUCUACUGACAGCCAAUAAAUUACAUGUACUCUCUGCACUAUUUGAAGGAGAACAUUACUGUGUUUGAAAGAGACCCAAAUAGAGUGAUGAUUAUCCAAAACCCAGACGAAUACUCUGCUAAGGCCAUCAGAGGGCUAUUAAAAACUCCUAAAAAUUUGUGGCAAACCAGCGAGCAGGUCUUCAUUAUUAACGGAUAUCUCUUCAAGAAGGAUCACAACUUUGUCGACGAGUUUAAGAUCGAUGAAAUCGAGGGAUAUAAUAUUUUUGUUGGCCCACACCCUCAGCAGAAGCAUGACAUCAAAGUUUUGGCUAAACAUGGAAUCACAGAUGUCCUUUGCCUCCAGACUAAGGAUGACUUCAUUUGGAAAGAAGUCAACUUUUAUAAGCUAAAUGAGUACUAUCAGGAAAACGAGAUCAGGUUGACUCAUAAUCCCAUUACUGAUUUUGAUGAGGAAGAUUUGAAGGUGAAGUUGAGAGCAGCUUCUGGAAUUGUGAGCAACAUUUUGGAGAAAGGAAAUUCAAAGAUAUACGUCCAUUGUACGGCAGGAAUGACUAGAUCUACCUCAACUAUUAUUACAUAUCUUUGUUUAUACCAUGGUUUCUCAAUCGGAAGUGCUUGAGAAUUGGUGAAGUAUCAUCAUCCAAUUUCCUCUCCAAGUAAGGCUGCUAUAAGUGCAGCUGUGAAACAAGAUUAAUGGUUUCAAUAUUGAAACAUA